CCAGGUAGUAGGUAUGGGUGCAUGUAGCUUUCUCCACGGUGGCAGUCCAGGAGACGAACCUCGCGAGGCCGGCGCAAUGAGGCCUGGAGUACUACCGUUGUUGGUAAUACUGGCAGUUCUGCUGCAUCUAUCGAGAUGCAUGCAACAGCCGAAGGUGAACUUUCGGGAAAGAGAAAAGCAGGUGCUCGACAACAUCUUAGGACCAGGUCGGUACGAUGCACGCAUCCGGCCAAGUGGGGAGAACGGAACAGAUGGGCCGGCCAUUGUCCGGGUAAACCUGUUUGUGCGAAGCAUUGCGACAAUUAGUGACAUCAAGAUGGAAUACUCCGUACAAUUAACAUUUCGGGAACAAUGGUUGGAUGAGAGAUUGCGGUUUGAUGAUAUACAAGGUAAACUUAAAUAUUUAACUCUGACGGAAGCUAAUCGCGUCUGGAUGCCAGAUCUGUUCUUCGCAAACGAAAAGGAGGGUCACUUCCACAACAUUAUUAUGCCGAACGUAUACAUACGCAUAUAUCCGAAUGGCGAUGUUCUUUAUAGUAUACGAAUAUCUCUGACGCUCUCCUGUCCCAUGAAUUUGAAACUGUAUCCCUUGGAUCGACAAAUUUGCUCACUUCGUAUGGCCAGCUAUGGAUGGACGACAAACGAUCUGGUCUUUCUUUGGAAAGAAGGCGAUCCCGUUCAAGUGGUCAAAAACUUACACUUGCCGAGAUUCACUCUAGAGAAAUUUCUUACGGACUAUUGCAAUAGCAAAACAAAUACCGGAGAGUACAGUUGCUUGAAAGUGGACCUAUUAUUCAAGAGGGAAUUCAGUUACUAUCUCAUCCAAAUCUACAUCCCAUGCUGCAUGCUCGUUAUCGUGUCCUGGGUAUCCUUCUGGCUAGAUCAGGCUGCUGUGCCUGCUCGGGUGUCACUAGGCGUUACGACACUACUAACAAUGGCUACACAGACAUCAGGGAUAAACGCCUCACUGCCACCAGUCUCCUACACGAAGGCCAUCGACGUAUGGACAGGAGUGUGCUUGACCUUCGUUUUUGGGGCUCUACUCGAAUUUGCGUUGGUCAACUACGCAUCGCGUAGCGACAUGCAUCGCGACAACAUAAAGAAGCAAUUCUCGCCGAGCGAAAUGGAGCAUUCGUCAUCGAUCGAUCCAACGUCGGAGUUGCUCGAGCCGGACGGAACCAACUUUGCCAUGCAGCGUCAUCGUCAUACCGGCAGCAAUCCGUCAAUACUGAGACACUCUUCGCUGCCGCGUACGUAUCAUCAACAGGAUCAUUAUCAACAACAGUAUCAUCAUCAGUCGCAUCGCCAUCAGCAUUAUCAUCCGGAUCGCUCGCCGUCGCCACCGCCGUCUUUUUCACCGCUCAACGACGAAGACUGUAUCGCCGGUCGGUGUUCGCCGACAAGAGUAUCAUCGCAUCAUCACUCGCGUAGGAGUUCAGCGAGGUCAUCGCCGUCGCCGUCGCGAUGGCCUUCGCCGGCUUCUUCAGCAUCGCCCAUGGGAACACCGUCACGCACUAUGUCGCGCGCCGUCACGCCUUCACCACCGAUCACGGCGGCGGUCGCGGCGACGACGGCAUCCUCUGCCUCGACAGCACCGACCACUGCAGCGGAAGUAUCAUUCUGGCGAAAGUGCUUGAAUAAAGUGUUCAACUGUAAGCGUGCCCAGGGCAGCGCGAAGAUCGACAUCAUCUCGCGUGUUUUGUUCCCCUUUGUGUUCUUUUUCUUUAACAUUACAUACUGGAGUUAUUAUCUGUCUCGGGGCGACGACGAUAUUGGUAUGAAGAAGUGAGGCAGAAGAGGAAAUCGUUAAACGGAGUUAAAAACGUGUACAAAAGCUCAGUGUGAUUUUUCUAGUCGGAGUUUUUGAAGAAUCCGACUUGAAUCUUAACUUUGCAUACAAUCUCUCUGAUCUUAUACCAAUUCAUAACACUGUGUACCAAUUAUACCUCUUGAAAUAAUAUUUUACUGACGACUUAAAUGAUUUCGGUAGCCUAUUUGGAUCCGAAUAUACGUGAUACGUAUUUACGUAUUGAUGUAUUCGUAUCCAAAAGAGUCAGUCAGUAAUCGAUUGAAAAUUGAUCAGAGAAACUUGGACAUUCCUCUACUGCCCGCUUGAUCAUCAGGAUUACUUUAGGAACAAGGACGUUAGCGACGCUCGAUGGAUAUGUCACAAUGGGAAAUGAUGAGGAUGACGAAAUACAACAUAUGUCGCACAAUAUACAUAUAAACAAAGAUACACAUGCGAACACACACACGCACACACGCACACCGUAUCUUAUGAUCUGCUCGGAAGACCGCGUGCCACAGACUGAAUUAAACGUAGUGGGCCCUGUAUAGCCACGGCCUGUUAACAAUUUCAAAAAAAUCGCAAAGUUUAUAAGUAUAUAAGUAUAACUAUAUCUACGUUACACAAGAUCCGCGCAUCAUCGAACGAGCUAGUGAGCUCAUUCGUCGACGCGCUCACCGCGGAUGCGUCUGUCGUUGUGAAAUUAACGUCGGAUAGUCUUUGGAUUCGGUAAAAAUUACCGUGACAAGGAAGCGCGCGCGAGGAGAGAGAGAGAGAGAGAGA